UCCUGUUCUUGUCCGGUCCUGCCAUGGCCCUGCGGCGGGUGCUGGCACUGGGGACAGCCCUGGGGCGCCGCAGCUGCUGCUCCAAGCCCUCGCUGCCCCCCGACUUUGUGGAGGCCCUGAGCGCCGUGGUCGGGGCUCCCAACAUCUCCACGGCCACGGCGGUGCGGGAGCAGCACGGCCACGAUGAGUCCAUGCACCCCUGUGCCCCCCCGGACGCCGUGGUGUGGCCCCAGUCGGUGGGGCAGGUCCAGGAGUUGGCCGCGCUCUGCUACCGCCGCCGUGUGCCCAUGGUGCCCUUUGGCACCGGCACCGGCCUCGAGGGCGGUGUCAAUGCCGUGCAGGGCGGCGUCUGCUUCGACCUGAGCCGCAUGGACAGCAUCGCGGAGCUGAGCCUCGAGGACUUCUCGGUGACGGUGGAGCCCGGUGUCACCCGCAAGGCCCUCAACAGCCACCUGCGUGGCACCGGGCUCUGGUUCCCUGUCGGUACCGUGGGCAUGGGGGGCCAUGGGGUCACACCACUGAGGGUGCUGGCAGAGGGGAUGCCUUUGGGCUGGGGAUGCUGGGGGGUCCACGGGUCUGCCAUGGUCCCUGAGUUGUAG